GCUACAGCUCACUGUUACAGGUGGGCCCUGACGCCGGUGCUGACGUCUUGGUGCUCAGGUCGCGCCCAAGGCACCCACCACCCAGCAUUGAUAUCAGCAACGAAAAGCCACGAUUCCCAGUCAAAUGGGCUGACCCGCCGACAUGGAUAGGUUAAGUGCUGCGCCUUUCUGUCAGAUCGUAAACGGGUAGCCUGAAAGUGACUGGUGGGCACAGUAUCAGGUUUGAGGGACUCGGCUCUCUUUACCUUUCCCGUAAGGCCAGUAUAGGAAUCUGAACACUACACCAAUUAACUAUGGCGAGUGAUGACAAAGUUGCCAUUCUUUCUGAUGAUGAAGAGGACCAGAAGAGAAAAUAUAUUCUUGCCGAACCUUUCAACACUCUGUCAAUGGAAGCAGGGGAUGAACCACCUCCUAAUCCUAUCAAUUCAGGAACAGAAGCAACAGAAACAGAGGAACAGGACUGGUUAGAGAGACGUUGUAUAAAAAUACGUAAUGAUCUUCUUAUUUCCAAAGUGUUUUACUUCUUCUUUUACUCUGGGUAUGGAUCAUUGUGCCCAUUGCUACCUGUGUAUUACAAGCAACUUGGCAUGUUGGCCAGCCAAGGUGGACUUCUGGUGGGGAUAAGAUAUUUUAUAGAGUUCUGCAGUGCACCGUUCUGGGGUGUUAUAGCAGAUCGAUUUAGAAAAGGGAAGAUUGUCCUUCUCUUUUCAGUUAUGUGUUGGAUUGUCUUCAACCUGGGAAUCGGUUUUGUGAAACCUGCCACCAUGAGAUGUGAAUCAAGGAAUCCAAUACCUACCACUUUGGCUUCAAAUUUCUCUACCCUUUCAGUGUUACCCACCACUCUAGCUACAAAUCACUCUACCCCAAACAAAUCCAAUAAGAGUCGGAUACAGAGAGACAUUUUCAAAAGCCAGCCUUUUGGAUAUGUGGAAGAUCUUGGCUUUUCUUUUCCCUUGGUCAGUGCAGAACGAGGCCAUAUUUUACAGGAAAGAGCUGUUCCAGGUGCUGACAAUUCAACAGCAACCAUACCUCCAAACAGGACAUUACAUUCCACCACUGCCAGCAGCACAUCUGCCACAACCUUACAGCCUGACAAAUCAAUCACUUUUGACUUGGCAGAAGUUGAAAAUAUUUUCCUACUGAUUUUGUUGGUUGUUAUCAUUGGAGAGUUCUUCAGUGCACCAGCAGUUACUAUCGUAGACACCGUUACCCUACAAUACCUUGGCAAACACAGAGACCGCUAUGGAUUGCAGCGAAUGUGGGGCUCCUUAGGAUGGGGCAUUACCAUGUUGGCAGUCGGCAUCUCAAUUGACCACACGCAUAUUGAAGUUUCUAUUCAAGGUCAGGGCUGUCAAAAGCCUGACUACAAGAAUUACAGGUUAACCUUUAUUGUUUUUGGAGUUUUGAUGUCAAUAGCACUAAUUGUGUCAACCCAAUUCAGAUUUGACUACAGUCAUUUAAAAACUGAGGAAAAUACAAGGGAAGAAUUUAUUGAAAUUCAACAAGUGGCUCAGAAUCCUUCAGUGGAAGAAUCUGGAGUCACAAACAAUGCUGAAGAAUCCAAGAGCACGGGAACGAGAACAUUUGAAUUUAUGCAGCUACUUAGGAUAAUCUGCAGUGUGCAAUAUGGUUCUGUGCUAUUUGUGGCCUGGUUCAUGGGCUUUGGCUAUGGCUUUGUGUUUACAUUCCUCUACUGGCAUCUGGAAGACUUGAAUGGGACAACCACGCUCUUCGGAAUCUGCUCAGUCCUAAGUCACAUAUCGGAACUGACAGCUUACUUCUUUAGUCAUAAGUUGAUCGAACUGGUGGGCCAUAUCAGGGUACUGUAUAUUGGCCUGGCCUGUAAUACAGCUCGGUAUUUAUAUAUCUCUUAUUUGGAAAAUGCAUGGUACGUACUCCCCAUGGAGGUGUUGCAAGGCGUUACCCAUGCAGCUGUAUGGGCUGCAUGCAUCUCCUAUCUCAGUGCUGCCGUACCUCCUGCAUUAAGGACUUCUACCCAGGGAAUUCUACAAGGGCUCCAUCUGGGUUUGGGCCGAGGCUGCGGUGCCAUGAUGGGAGGGGUAAUGGUAAAUGCCUUUGGUGCUCCAGAAACAUUCCGUGGGAUUGGUAUGGCCUCUCUCGUGAUUCUGCUCCUUUUUGCCUUGAUCCAAUGGUUGGCAGUGCCUGAUGAAGACAAAGAAAAGAAGAUGCUGGCAGAACGGAUUCCAGUUCCAUCCAGCCCUGUUCCCAUAGCAACCAUUGAUCUUGUGCAACAUCACUCAGAUAGUAUGAUGCCCCACCUUGAAACCAAACUUCCUCUUAAAAAAACCAAGUACCAAGAGGAACAGGAAGAUGUUACAAAGCCAGCCUGGGCCAUCAGUUCAUCACCUUGGGUCACUAUUGCAUUUGCCUUUUAUCAAGUUGUGGAGAUGGUGAAGUUAGCGAAGACAAAUGCAACUAUUCAGCAUCAAAUACUACAGGAGGAAAAUGAUUGCCCAGUAUCUGCAGACACUUUGCCAAUUAGGUGUCCUCCACACUUUAAACCAUCACCCAGUCCCAUCAAGCAAGCAAAGGCAGAAGACCCUGUCGCUACCUCUGAACCAGAUGAGCAAAUCAGCAUAGGCUCCACACAAUCCACUGAGAAUGGAUUCAGCCAGUCAAAUUUGCCUAGGAACUUAAUACCAUUGCCAGGAAAUGGAAACCGGAAUGUCGAUCCAGACUUGUCUCAGCAAACCAGCAUUACUCAACCAAGUCAAAAAGACAUCUCCUGAUGAUCAAAUUUAAAGAUUAUGAAGCACGUGAAUGUGUGGGAAACUGUAUUCAUGACUUUCCAUGAUGGAUUUUUAAAAAACACAGGAAUGUUUUUGAAGGAUAGUUCUGCAAUAUGCCCAGGUCAUCAAUAAGACAGAUGGCUAAUAAUGUAAAUUUCAAAAAUUAUAAGGUUCUACAGCACAUUUCAGUGUAUUUAGAGCAUCAAUAGCAGAAUUUAAGUGCCUGUUCAUUUAUGAAGGACGUAUUCUAACAUAAAUGUCUGUCCAUCCAAAACAUUCAUAAUUUAUAUCAAUUCUUAAAACCAUGCAUUGAAACUAUUAAAAAUAGCUAAACUGUUUAAUUGUUAGGAUUGUAGUAUCAAACUGAAGUGACAUUGCAAUGCACCAAAAUUCAACCAGGAGACAAGUCAGGUGACUAAAGUGAGUGUGGUUUUAUUGCAGUGCAGUCAGCUCAGUAUCAGAAUUUCUGGGGUCUAGAUUAAUUACUUGUGAUCUUGGAUUUGGAUUAUCAAGCAGAAUAAUCACAGGUGUCUAUUGUAGCUGGUGUGUUUGUCAAAAUUAGCCUGUAGCAUUUUUCGAGGAAGACAUCACCAGAGGUGCUCCUGUAGAAAGCCAUUUUCUUUCAACGAGUUGUUUUUCUAGGUAGAAUACAUGCUGUGACAUGAAUGAUGAGGAUUAGAACUAAAUAAGAAAGCUAAAUUUUGGGUUACUAGUUUUCUGAUGUUCAACAAGUAACCACUAUUUAUACCAGGAUUCCAGCACUGGCCCAGUUUUCAUUUAAAACGUGUAACUUAAUAUUUCUAUACUUCUGCAAAAUUCUGGAUGCACAAAUCCCAAUUUCCUGUAUUUAAAUAAUGUGUGAGGCAAUUUUUCUCCUAACUCCAGUGAUGAACUUGGUUUUGGGAUUUUCUCAGGCUAUUAAUGAACAGCUUGCUAUGUAUUUUAAUAGAGAUAUCUGUAUUUUUGAAGGUUAUCAGUAGGGUAUACGAAAGGCAGCAUAUUUGACAUUUAAAUGGUUGUAGCAAGCUGGCUGAAACUAAACCAUGAAACCUAAACUGCUUCACUCAUGUUAGAACACAAAAUAGAGUAAUUCACAAGUUAAGCAGUACAUCAGAUUCACUUAUUUUUUCCCCCAUUUCCUUCUCCAAAGACGUUAUCUAGUUGUAAGCUGUCUACAGGUUAUUUAUUCACAAGCAUACCACUGGAUAAUAUGCUUCCAAAUUUGCAUAUUAUCUUUGCUUAAGUGCAAACUUAAAUUUCUUGAUGUGUACCUUUACAGUGAAAACUCAGCAAUAUUUUGUGUAUUGCUGAAGGUCAGGUAGUUCUUUUAAUCUACAAAAACAUAAAUAUGGAAUAUCAAUACAUAUAAAGCUCUUGAAGCAUUUAAAAAGCUGAAGCGUUACAUUGCUGAUUCAGUCUGAUUAAAUAGAAUACAGAAUUUGAAUUACAUAAGUUCAAAUGAAGGUUUCUACUUUGAAAUAAAUGAGGCUCCCAAAAAUGAACUCUACAGUUAAUCCUUGUCUUUAAAAUGAAUAAUUAGAGACCUACUAUGAAAUGAGCAACAGGUCAGAGGCCAAAAAGCCUAGUUUUGGCAGGGGUUGUAGGGGGUGAUGCCAGAAUGGGGUCAGAACUGAAAGAGAGGGAAUUGGACUACAAGGGAACUCAAGCAGUGCUCACUCAUUUCUUGAUAGCUGGCAGGCAAGCACCCCAAGAGACCUGGGCCAUUAGUGGCAGUAUGGGAAACCAAAAGUAUAAUUUAAAAAAAUAUAUUUUCAAGAUUUACAAUUUUAUCCUGGUUCCAUCUGAAUCUCUUAGUUAUUAAAGGGUCUCAAAGUACAACAAAUUGCACCUCUGUCAUUAUGAAUUUGCAAUAAUGAGGAUUUACCCAUUUUGGUUCAGUUGUAAGGUACUUCAUUGUGUUGUCUAUACAAUUAGUGCCUUCAAUGUAUUACAAAUAACACUGUACAAAAUAUAUAGAUUUUGUAGUGGGCUCUUGGAUGUUGAAAUUGUUAGAUUGUUUCAGUGGCGAUGUAAACUAUGUUACUAAAUUAUGCAAUGUGAUUUAUGUUAGUGCUGAAAGAACUGCUUAUGUUAAAUUUAUGACAAUUUUAUUAAUAAAACUCUAUACAAAAUGGA